AAGACAAAAGAUGCAUCAUGUCAUCAAAAAUACCGUUGGCCUUUGCUGGUUUCCUCCCUCAAAACCACCACGAAGAAGCCUUUAGCCUCUGGUUUUUCUCCUACAAUUUUGGUACACUCACCUAUAUAACCAAACCCCUUUACUCCCAUUUACUUCAUCAAAAUCAUAGCUCCUGAUAUCUUAAUCUCUCCAAAUCCCACUUCAAAGAGUUUCCAACUCGUUGGUUCUAUAUUACAGUAACACAGAAAAUGAGUUCAGCAAGCAAAGCUUGGUUGGUUGCAGCAGCUGUUGGAGGUGUUGAGGCCUUGAAAGACCAAGGGUUCUGCAGGUGGAACUACACCCUGAGAUCCCUGCACCAACAUGCCAAGAACCAUGUCGGAUCAGCCUCUCAGGCCACGAAGCUUUCUUCUUCAUCUUCUGCCAUGAUCUCCAAUAAAGUCAAGGAAGUGAGAGCAAAACAGUCUGAGGAAUCUCUAAGAAAAGUCAUGUAUUUGAGCUGUUGGGGUCCUUACUAAAGCUAAGAAGCAAGAUGAAAUUGAGAAAAUUAUCGUGAUAGGAUUACCCUGAUUGUUGCAAGUUGAUGUAAAUUGAUUUGUAAAUUUUGUUGCUGACUUAAUGGAAUCAAACCAUAUUAUUUUUGGAUUA